AUGGAAUUCUGGAACAUCACCUUAGUAAAUAGUUUUUUCCUCAUUGGAAUUCUACAGGACAGCAGGUCUCCUGAGGUGGUCUGUGCAGCAAUUACACUCCUCUACCUGGUUGCCAUGGCUAGUAAUGGCCUCCUGCUCCUCUUGAUCACUUUGGACAAUCAGCUCCAUAUGCCCAUGUACUUCUUGCUCAGUCAGCUCUCACUAAUGGAUCUGCUCUUCACAUCUGUUGUUGCCCCCAAGACCCUGGUUGAUUACCUAUGUGGACAAAACACUAUUUCUUUUAUAGGUUGUGGGCUUCAGAUGUUUUUGGCACUGACACUUGGGGGUGCAGAAGAUAUAUUGUUGGCUUUCAUGGCAUAUGACCGCUAUGUGGCUAUUCGUUACCCUCUGAAUUAUAUGGUAUUAAUGAGACCAGCUGUUUGUUGGUCUAUGGUGGCUACAUCCUGGCUCUUGGCAUCUCUGAGUGCCCUUGUGUAUACCAUUUAUACAAUGCACUUCCCUUUCUGUAGGACCCAAGAGAUCCACCACCUGCUUUGUGAAAUCCUUCCAUUACUAAAGUUGGCAUGUGCUGACACAUCUCAGUAUGAGCUAAUGGUAUACACAAUGGGGGUGACCUUCCUCCUCAUCCCCCUCUCUGCUAUCCUUGCAUCCUAUACAUUAGUCUUAUCUGCUGUGUUCCACAUGCCCUCAGCUCAGGGAAGACAGAAAGCUCUCCUAACCUGUUCAUCCCACUUGACAGUGGUUGGGCUAUACUAUGGAGCUGCCAUAUUCAUGUAUGUCCUGCCCAGUGCCUACCACAGCCCUAGGCAGGACAAUAUCCUGUCUGUGUUCUACACCAUUGUCACUCCAGCCCUGAAUCCACUAAUCUACAGCCUAAGGAACAAGGAUGUGGUGGGGGCCCUGAAGAAGGUGCUAGGGAAAAACUCAUCAGGGCAGAGAUGGUAG